UUUCCUGAUGGUAUUUCUAAGCUCAUCUGCAGGAUGUUGAAGAGACUGUAUCUCACAAAAAAUUCUUGAAAGGCUUCAGGGACAGCUUUCACAGUAGGAAGAUAAAGCAUGAGUAGCAUCCAGGAAGUGACUGGAUUUUUCCUUCCGUCUCCCUGACAAACUCACCAAAUUCCUGAGAAACACAAAAUGUUUUUCUGAAGUUGUUGAAGCUAAUAUGAACAGAGUGGAGGGCAAUUUUUUUAGCCCUGCAAAGCUACCUGGUAUUUGAAAUGCUGAAGAGGAAGUUACGGUUUUGCCACAACUCAUGCUUCAGGCUUUUCUUGGGUCUAACUCUUAUUUUAGUAAUCAUUUCAGUUUUGAAAGUUAACCAGAAACAGGACUUCUUAAAUCGGAGACAUCUAGAGCUGACAAAAGAACAUCCUAUUGCCAAUGUUAACUGCACCAAGAUUAUAGAGGGGGAUAUAGAAGAAAUUCAAAGGGUAAAGCUUGAGACGUUGUCGGUGUCAUUUAAGAAACGCCCCAGACUAACAACGAAUGAUUAUAUUAACAUGACAGCGGACUGUGCCUCCUUCACCAAGACUAGGAAAUACAUUAUGGAACCUCUCAGCAAUGAAGAAGCAGAAUUUCCAAUUGCUUACUCAAUAGUGGUUUAUCACAAAAUUGAGAUGCUUGAUAGACUUCUAAGAUCAAUCUAUGCCCCUCAGAAUUUUUACUGCAUUCAUGUUGACAAAAAGUCUCCAGAAUCUUUUUUUGCUGCUGUGAAGGGAAUAGUCUCAUGUUUUGAUAAUGUCUUUAUUUCCAGCCAGUUAGAGAGUGUUGUAUAUGCUUCAUGGAGCAGGGUGCAGGCAGACAUUAACUGCAUGAAAGAUCUCUACAGAAGAAGUUCAAACUGGAAAUACCUAAUAAACCUCUGUGGCAUGGACUUUCCUAUAAAGACCAACCAGGAAAUAGUAGAGAAAUUAAAAGCCCUUAAAGGUGAAAACAGCUUGGAAACAGAAAAAAUGCCUGUUUAUAAAGAAGUAAGGUGGAAAAAACACCAUGAGAUUAUUGAUGGUAAAAUAAAGAACACAGGCACAGACAAACAACUACCGCCUCUCAGUACUCCAAUUUUUUCUGGUAGUGCCUAUUUUGUAGUUAGCAGAAGAUUUGUAGAAUACGUAUUAGAAAGCAGCAAAAUACUUAAGUUCAUUGAGUGGGCAAAAGACACUUACAGCCCAGAUGAGUACCUGUGGGCAACAAUUCAGAGAAUCCCUGAAGUCCCGGGUGCAGUUUCCUCCAGUGUCAAGUAUGAUGUUUCUGACAUGAAUGCAUUGGCCAGGUUUGUCAAGUGGCAGUACUUUGAAGGUGACAUGUCCAAAGGUGCACCCUACCCACCAUGCAGUGGAGUUCACGUUCGCUCUGUCUGUGUUUUUGGAGUAGGAGACCUAAACUGGAUGCUACGAAACCACCACUUCUUUGCCAAUAAGUUUGACACUGAUGUUGACCCUUUUGCAGUGAAAUGUUUGGAAGAGUAUUUGCGACACAAAGCUUUGUAUCUGCAAAAGAACUAAAAUACAGCAUGCUCCUGUUAUGAAACAUAGGUACAAAUUGUAUACAGCUAUGUACUUUAACAUAAAUACAACUUCAACACACCGAUGGUGUUGAUGCUGAUGAUGGGUAUUAUGUUUCUCACCAUGUUGGUGUGGUGGUGAUGACACCCUCCUUGUGUUGUCCAUGGACGAGGGGGAAAGAAGACAUGUCUCAAGUGAAAAUGGGGAUGCCUUGUGUUGCACACUGAGGCUUGGAACUUUGGGUACAAAAUCAAAGACAGAAAUUUUUGGAAGGCCAACUAUUUGGAAUAUUUAUUAUCUAAAAGGUGUAAUUAAUGGGCUUCCUUGGCUAAACUAUUUGUUUUAAGGCUUGGAAAAAUGCAUGUUGUUCAUGGUUAUUCCUCAGUUUUUUCCCAUGAAUGUAAUGCUAGCUGGAAGGGAAAGACGAAGAGGAGGAAGAAAAAAAAAAGGAAAAAAGCAGCUGGACUGCACAGACUUCAUACUGAGUACUGAAUGAUCUCAGGAAAAUAACAUUAGAAUUGAUCUGAAAACUAUACAAACAAGAAUAUACCAAAGCCAGCUGUCAUCGUUUAACUUAAAUCUGAUUGCUGUAGUUCUGUAAUAUGUAAUUCUUAAUCCUCCUGAAAAUUUCAUCUUCAGCAUGGAGUAUUAAGGACUUGUGUUUAAAUUUGUGUAGCCAAAUCUUGCUUUUGUACUCUUAAACCCCCCUGGUAAUGUGAUGUAAAGUUUAUACACUAGUUUGUAAUUACAUCUUCUCAGGGAAACCAGUUUUGUGCCUGAUGAGUUAGACUUGUAAUUUUACACUUCUUACUGUAUCAAGAGUCUUGCUUUUGGAUCCAAAAUGACUCAAGUUUCUCAAAAACUUAAAAGUACUGCAGUAGUGUCUAAAUGUCACUGAUGGAACUGCUGGUUUCUGCUUUCUGUCAAGCUCAACUUGCAUUCCAGAUUCUUUUAACAUUGAGUGUGCAAAAAUAAAGUUUUUUUUCUAAAUG